AAGAACGAUUUAAGGAAGAAUGAUUUAAGGAAGAAUGAUUUAAGAGAGAACAAUUUAAAGGAGAAUGAUUUAAGGGAGGAUGAUUUAAGGGAGGAAUGUUUAAGAGAAAAUAGUUUAGAAAAAGAUAAUAGUCAUGCAGAAACACCAGUUGAAGAUACUGCGGUGGAGCUAUCUUUACUUUCAUCUAUAGAUGAGAAUUUAACAAGUAUAGAAAUUGUAACUUCAACCAAAACAUCACAUAAGGACAAUGAAAAUAAUUUUGAAAGGCAUAAUUUUCCUCAAAAAACUUUUACAACACUUUAUAAUUCAUUUGAUAAGUUCGAAGCUGCUAAGUGGAUAGCUUUUCAUCCUGAUGUUUUAAAGUUAGCCAUUAUUAUACAUAAUGUGAGGAAAAAUAAAUUAAAAGAUAGUGAUGAAAUAUCUUCUAAUACUACUAAAAUAUUUUCAAAUACUACUAAUUCAUGCGAUUCUAUAAAUCUUCCAGAAAUUUAUAAACCAUCAAUUAGUAAGUUAUCUGAAUUCAUAAGCGAAGAUGUCUGGAAGAAAGUACUCCAACUGCAUUUGAAAGCCACUGAUUAUCCAGUUCUAAAAAAUAAUUCUGUGAUGUUUACAAAGCUUGGCACUUUCGUAUAUCAAGCAGUUAGAAAAGUUCUUGUUGCGAUAAAUAGUGAACAAGAUACUAGAAAUGCAAUUAGGAAAUGUGAUGAAAUUACUUUAGAUUUACAAAUUUUCUCUAAGCUUGGAAUAGUUAAAACUUUACCUGUUAGAGAGCUUUUAACCUUUUAA